AAGGUUUUACCAGAAAGGAAAGAUAGAGCCAUAGAGGCGCACGUUACUUGAAGCCCAAGAGGUUAUGGCGGAGGCCCAUGUUCGCAUGAUUUUGCACACAAGAAGGAAGGAAGCUUCUUCUCGAUCCCAGAUCAAAGUCAAAACCCGAAACAAACACAAACACAAACACAGACACAGCACACAGGUUUCAGAAGAAAUGGAGACGAUCAAAGGGAAGAGUGAAAGCGAAUUGGUGAGGCUGUGCAUAGAAGCUGCGUGCGAGAGCAGAGAGAGCAUCCAGAAAUGGCGGAUGCAGAGGCGGACCUUCGACCAUCUCCCUUCUCAUCUCGCCGACGGCCUCAUCCGGCGCCUGGUGUCCCGGCGGCUCCUGUACCCGUCGCUUCUAGAAGUGUUCAAACAGAGCGCCGAAGAAGUUGAUUUGAGAGGCGUUUACAACGUGGAUGCAGAAUGGCUUGCGUACUUGGGAGCGUUUCGGCAGUUGCGGUAUUUGAACCUUUCCGAUUGCCACAGAAUCACUUCUUCUGCUCUUUGGCCUAUUUCUGGAAUGGCUUCUGUUAACCACUUGCACCUCUCUAACUGCUCCAAGCUCAACGACGCUGCUAUUCAUCACAUUCUCUCUCUCUCUAACCUCCAGAAAUUACAAAUCUCGCAAACAAGUGUCACCGCCAAAGGCAUCAAACUUCUCGCCUCCCUUAAAAACCUCUCUCUUCUCGACUUAGGCGGCUUACCUGUUGAUGACGUCUCCUUAACUUCUUUACAGGUACUGAAAAAGUUAGAAUAUCUUGAUCUAUGGGGUAGUAAGGUAUCAAAUGAAGGGGCUAACAUCCUCAAUAACUUCCCCAAGUUAACCUAUCUAAAUCUUGCUUGGACUAAUGUCACAAAAUUGCCUAAUUUAUCAUCUAUUGAAUGCCUCAACAUGAGUAAUUGUACUAUUGAUUCAAUACUUGAAGAUGAUGAAGCUCCUUUGGCAAAACUUAUUCUCUCCGGUGCUACAUUCAGGAGCGAAUCGGAGUUUCUCUUACACGCCAAUACAAACUUUUUGUCCUCUCUCGAUGUAGCUCAUUCUGGCCUUAGUAAAUUCUUCUUCUUGAGUAAAUUGAAAGUGAUAGAACAGCUCAAUCUCAGCUCUUGCAUGGUCACUGAUGAUUCGAUUGAAAUGAUCGCGGGUGUUGGUGCAAGCUUGAAGAGUUUGAAUCUGACUGGUACCAAGGUCAGCUCCGCAGGCAUAGGGAUUUUAGCUGGACAUGUCUCCAAUCUUGAGAUGCUUUCAUUAUCUCAGACACUGGUGGAUGAUACUGCCAUCUUGUAUAUCAGCAUGAUGCCUUCUUUAAAGGUUCUUGACCUUAGCAAUACAAUAGUGAAAGGAUGCUUACCACAGGAAAAUACCGACCACGGCUCACCACACUCUCUAACAGCUCUACAAAGUCUUAAACAAUUAGAAAGCUUGAAUUUGGAAUACACACGAGUUAGGGAUGAAGCUUUAAGCCCUUUGUCAAGCUUCAAAGAGCUGAGAUAUUUGUUUCUCAAAAGUGCGUCACUUGCAGACAUCUCACUUUACUAUUUAUCAUCAAUUCCUAAAUUGACAAGUCUUAGUAUUUGUGAUGCGGUAUUGACAAAUUAUGGGCUUCAUGUGUUUAAACCUCCUCAAACACUGAAACUAAUGGACCUCCGAGGUUGUUGGCUCUUAACUGAGGACACUAUCAUGUCGUUCUGUAGAAUUCAUCCACAAAUUGAAGUACAGCAUGAACUUGUUACCAUUGUUCCUCUUCACCAAGGUGGACCAAAUCAUCCUUCUCCGUCUCAGUUAACUUCAAAGGCUACGCAAGCAGCUAAAAAGAAUGAAAACUUGUCUAUAUCUCCAGAUUUUAUAGAUCAAAGGUUGAAGUAUAGCAGAGACGAAUUGCUUGCGUUGCAGUUCAUGUCUUUGCCUAUUGUAUCCUCUAGUGAGAGUGGCGAUUCAAUAUUCAAGCAACAGUUAAAUUGAAUAAAGGUCUGCGUUGAUGUAAUUAUCUAAACCGACGGUGUUGGUAAUUUGUAAGGGUGCACUCUGCUUGUUCAGCUGUCUUUUGGGAAAGGAAAGAAGUGGCCAUGAGAUAAGGGGCACAUACCGUAAUGUUGUAACUUGUAACCUAUUUCUUUUGUUUUAGAGUAAGGUGACAAUGAGGUCUUUUACAAUUUUGACUUCGGACUAAAUACUGUAUG